AUGGGCGUCGUGAGUAGCAGACUUGAUGAUGGCGCUGCCAUCUAUUUGAGGGAUCAGAAUCGAUUAUCAAUUGCCUCCCUCGUUAUUUCUUGUCCCCGGAAGCGCAUCUCAACCACUAUAGUCCCCAAUGCAUUUCCCGCUACUCGAGCUUCAGCAACGCGAUCAUCGGGCGAUUCUGGUCCGGCUGAAUUUAUUCAGGAUAUUGAACCUUCGAUUGCGCCGAACUUCCUUCUUAAACUUAAUAAUGACGACGAACUCGUAUUCAACUUUACCUUUGUCGUCCGCCAAGAAGAAGCCAGCCCUGGAAUAGAUACGCAUAUCAAUGGUCUAACAUAUGUCUAUGCUUCAACCAAUAGAGAGCUCGAGAACCUUGUUACCCGCGAGUUUCACGCAGACCCGAAUCUACACAAAAAUGCAAAUGUUGAAUUGGUCGGCGAUUAUACCACAGGCGGAAGCCCCUCGGUGACAUUUGAGUGGUCGUGGAAAUGGAAGCCACCAAAGGCGACAGAAGAUGGGGGAGGCGGGUGGAGGAAUGUUUGCAGCUUCGUCGAAUACGACCAAAGAGCACACCGCCUGGAUACCUUAGCCAGAUUUUCUUUUUGGGUUGCUAAUACCUCGCCUCUCUCAAGCCAUCCUAACUCCCCAUCUCCUGCCUUUCAGCUAGCAGUGCCUCCGAGAAUACGGGCCCCAUCAUCUCAAUCAGUCGAGUCUCGCAUUAGUGAGCAAGAGGAACCGGCAUCCCCUCUACACCCUCAGAUUGACACAUUAUCCAUCGCGCCCACCAUCGCGACAAGCUCCCGGGAAUCUGUCAAACUUGAUAUAUCGUGCCCCCGACCAGGCGAAGACAUGUCCGUAAGCGAUGAUGGCCCGGUUUUCAGAGCUACUAUCAAGGCGCUUGAACAGAAGACUGGCAAUAUGAGAACUCAGAUGAAGAAGGUAUUAAAGAAAGCCGAGCACGCAUAUUCCGCCCAGAUCGAGGCGAACGAAGCUUUCGUAGGGUUUAUGGAUGCCCUCCGGGAAGCAUCUGCGACGAACGCCAAUGCUGUCCAACCUGCUUUAGAUCAUUAUUUCGACAAGAUUGCCAAAGAAAUCCUCAGCUACGAGAGGCAGAAUGCGACCAAUUUACAAAAGAUUAUUAUUGAUCCUAUAGGAAAACUGUAUACCUUUGAUAUCAAGCAGGCAGAGUCAAAGAGACGAGACUUUGAAGAGGAAAGCAAGGACUACUAUUCUUACGUAUCUCGAUACCUUGGCCAACGACAAGACUCGGUGAAGACUAAGAAGCUUGCCGAGAGCGAUACUAAGUAUCAGACGAAGAGGAGAAAUUUCGAGCUCAAGCGUUUUGACUAUUCUUCGUUUAUGCAAGAUCUGCAUGGUGGCCGCAAGGAGCAGGAAGUCUUGUCACAUCUAACCAAGUAUGCUGACACACAGGCAAGAAGCUUUUUAAAUACUGCCCAUAAAGUUGAGGAAUAUCUGCCGCAACUAGAGGCUCUAGCGAACGAGGUACAAGAUGCAGACAAGGAGUUCCAAUACCAAAGACGUGAACGGGAGGAGAAAAGACGCGUAUUGGAGAAGAGUAAUCUACAGUAUAAUGAACCAGAGACUGUGACUUCGGCAACUCAUACGCCCCCAACCCAGAAUGCCAAUGGCAACCUGCACACGUCCGACUCCGAGCUUGGCCGGGCGGAUAGUACUAGUUCCCAACUGAAAGCCAUCCCAACAGGCAAUUCAGGACCCUUGGCCGCAGCAGGCACGGAUCUCUCGAGGUCUCCAGGGAGCAUCGGACAUGGCUCCUUACACAGCCCUGCGCAAACCUUAAAGUUCAAGGGUAUACGAGACCUAGAAGAGAAGGAUUUCAGCCAGUUAACCAUUGCCGAGAAGAACUCGACGCACCGGAAAGAAGGUCUACUCUGGGCCCUGAAUCGGCCAGGUACCCAUGUAGAUCCUCUCUCAUUAAAUAAGCAGGGUUGGCACAAAUUCUGGGUCGUGUUAGACCAGGGAAAGUUGUCGGAAUAUAGCAACUGGAAACAGAAGCUCGAUCUCCACAUGGACCCCAUUGAUCUUCGUAUGGCAUCCGUCCGCGAAGCAAGAAAUGCGGAGCGACGAUUCUGUUUUGAAGUAAUCACGCCCCAUUACAAGAGGGUAUAUCAGGCAACCUCGGGCGAAGACAUGAACAGCUGGAUCCUCUCCAUCAACAACGCUCUCCAAAGCGCGGUCGAAGGCCGCGGCCUUAAGGAGAAGCCGAUGUCUCCUGGAGAGCCGACCAGCCUUAAGCGUGAUAUCGGGUCGAUUCUAACCGGGAAGAGUAUCUCCUUAAACCAUGGUUCUCAUCAUGGCUCGCAUACCAAUACCAGUUCUAUUCCUUCCCGCCGGACUACAGUUGGAGCGCGGCCUGCAAAUGCGAGGACGCCCAGCAGUAGCUACGACGAAAAUCCGGACAAGCUCCUCCAGAUGCUCCGUGAUAAUGACCAGGGCAAUUGCUGGUGUGCUGACUGCGGCAGCGGGUCUAAGGUUGAAUGGGUAUCGAUUAAUUUGGCUAUCAUACUCUGCAUCGAAUGUAGUGGUAUUCAUCGAUCUCUCGGAACGCAUAUCAGCAAAGUGCGAUCGCUCACACUCGACAUUACCUCAUUUACGCCCGAUAUAAUCGAGCUACUGCUUCUUGUCGGAAACAGAGUCUCUAACAUGGUUUGGGAAGCUAAACUUGACCCAUCAUUCAAGCCAAGCCCGCAAGCUACACGAGAGCAACGCCUAAAGUUCAUAACUGCAAAGUACGUGGACAAGGCUUACGUGGAACCGAUUUCAGCCACUCUCUCAAGAUAUCCAACCGCCGACGAAACGCUCCUUGCGGCUAUAAAGCGCAACGAGAUUCAACAGGUUAUAUAUGCACUAGCGCUAAAGGCCAAUCCCAAUGUCCUAGAUAAAGUCCGUGGGACUCAUCCGGUCUUUCUGGCCCUCGCAGCGGCUGAUCCGGCGUCACCAUCACCUACUACCCCUACAUCCGGGCGACCGGAGCCCGAAACCCGAGCUGUUCCGUUCCCAGUUGCUGAAAUGUUGAUACAAAAUGGGGCCGAGAUACCUGCCACGAUGCCUGCAUUCCCGCUGAGCCGAAGCGCGCAGAUGUACAUAGAGCAGAAACGGGGUCGGAGUGCUGCUAUCGAGGCCUCGGGCUCAUCUUUGUCAGGCAGUUUAAGUCCCGGCCCGAGCGAGCGAAUCCAGCGCGAUAAGGACGCACGUCUACAAAAGCGCAUCAGCGCGGGCGGACGGCUAGCCAAAUCGCCGAUUCCCGAGCGGUAG